GUUACGAGAUGGCCAUGUCGCUGAUAUGAUGCAGGAGUCACGGCCACAGCGGAGGUGAUGCGAGGCGGUGCAGCAGAGACCCGGUACAGUCACCACCAUGACGACGGGGAGAUUGUACACGGUGCUGCUGCUGCUGCUGCCCGCCCUGACCCACGUAACCGGCGUGCCCCUCGACCAUAGUCCGCUCCAUGAGACACUGAGGCAGGAGUUCAGGGAUGCCAUGAAGACGGGAUACACCGGGCCGACCCUCCGCCGGGUGGCUCAGGAGCUGGACCUGGGUUCCCUGAUGCUGGGCGGCGAGCUGGACGGCGGGGUGAGGGACGGACCGCGCAACCUGUUCUUCUGCACCACCUGUAACCUGGGCGUGAACGAGGUGCUGCACUCUCUCCAGAACGGCACCGACCCCAUGGAGAUUGCCGCCAUGAUCACCAAACUGUGCAUUAAUCUCGGCAUCGCUAGUGAGAAGCUGUGUGAGAACUUCAUUGCGCUGGCUGAGCCUCAGGUGUUCUACGUCCUGCACAACACGGAGGGCUUGACUGGGCGGGACGUGUGUGGCAUGAUGUUCAGUGGCUUCGGCUGCACCACCAACAACCCAAACCGCGUGUGGGAGGUGACGAUGCCCGACGUGCCCAAGCCCCCUGUUACCCCGCCCCCCACGCCCGCGCCCGGUUCCCCAGUGAUGAAGGUGCUGCAUCUUGCUGACACGCACUACGAUCCUCACUAUCUGGAGGGCAGCAAUGCUGAGUGCGGGGAGCGAUACCACUGCUGCCGCGCCGAGAGUGGACCCUUGGAGACGCCCGAGGCCGCGGCAGGCAAGUGGGGUGACUACCGUUACUGCGACGCCCCAAAGAGGUUGCUGGAGGCCUUGUACAAGCACAUCAGUGAGGAGCACCCGGAUUUGGACUUCAUCAUCUGGACCGGUGACCUGGUGCCGCACAACAUCUGGAACACGUCCCAGGAGACCAACUUGCAGACGAUCCGGGACAGCGUUCAGAUGAUCAAGGACUUCUUCCCUGACGUGCCUGUCUUCCCGGCCAUCGGCAACCACGAGGCUCACCCCGUCAACGCCUUCCCUCAGCCUUACGUGGAGGGAGAGUUUGACAUUUCUUGGCUGUACGACGAAAUCACUCAGCUGUGGGAGACGUGGCUGCCUGCUGAUGUGGCCGCCAGUGUCACCUACUCAGCCUUCUACUCCACCCUCAUCAAACCUGGCCUCAGAAUCCUCUCCAUCAACUCUAACUACUGCUACAGCUACAACUGGUGGAUCCUGUACGAUGAUGUGGAUCCCGCUUCUGAGCUGCAGUGGAUGGCCAACGAGCUACAGGCCGCCGAGGAUGCCGGGGAGAAAGUGUAUUUGAUCAGCCACCACCCGCCGGGCCACGAGGACUGCGCCCAUACCUGGAGUCACCAGUACAACAAGAUCAUCCUCAGAUACGAGUCCAUCAUUGCCGGGAUGUUCUACGGACACACGCACAAGGACCACUUCAUGAUGGUGUACGACCCCGAGGACCCUACCCGCCCCGUGCAUGUGGGCUAUGUGACGCAGAGCCAGACGCCCUACCAUGAGCUGAAUCCUGGCUACAGGGUGUUCACCGUUGACGGCGACUAUGAGGGCUCUUCCUACCAAGUCCUGGACCACGCCAACUACAUUGCCGACCUGGAUGAGGCCAACGCCAACGAGGAAAAAGACCCUCGCUUCUUCCUCCUGUACACAGCCAAGGAGGAGUACGGCCUGACCGACCUCACCCCGGCUUCCUGGUCCACCCUUGUGGAUCAGAUGAAAGAGCCAGGCAGUGUGAUGUUCAACACGUUCUUCAAGAACUAUAUCAAGAACGCCAGGCCCUACAUGAUGAAAGGCUGCGACGCGGAUUGCAAAUCCAACCUCUUGUGUCGCCUCGUGGUGUCUGACACGUCUGACUACUCUCACUGCGAUGGCCUCCGCUGAGUCUGAAUUUAGCAGUGCCGCUCCUUGCCUCGCCCUGUGUCGCCCCUGCCGUGACAACUGUAGAGUCCUGCUAGUGCUUACCUUUCCAGUCCUUCCCUUGCAGUCGUUUAUUUUUCUAUCUUCUCUUCAUUCUCUUCUACAUAGCCAUCUCUUAUAAUAUAUAUUAAUUUGGUGAUUCUCUCUCUCUCUCUCUCUCUCUCUCUCUCUCUCUCUCUCUCUCUGCGAUUUCAAUAAAAAACGUAUAAGAA